UCAUCUUCCACACAUAACAAUCAAGUGACUCCUCUUCCUCAUAUAUCUCAUCAAUCCUUCCCUGCCCCUUUUCCCCAAAAGAAAACAUGGGAAAUUCAUCAAAUGGGGAUCACGAGAAACACUCGUUUGCACCUCAGAUUGUUAUGGUGCUUGUUCUUAUGUUGAGCACUACUGUCCACGGCGCACAUCAUUUCGACAAUUCGUUCCAACAAACGUUUGGUGGUGAGAGGGUGAAGACGUAUGGUUCAAGAGGUGAUCAUCUCUCGCUCUCAUUAGACCAGUAUUCUGGGUCCGGGUUUGCCUCCAAGAAGGACUACUUAUUUGGGAGAUUUGAUAUGCAAAUGAAGCUCGUUGCUGGUAACUCUGCUGGCACUGUCACUACUCUAUAUUUGCAAUCUGACCCUAGCACUGGUAGACACGACGAGAUCGACUUUGAGUUCUUAGGAAAUGUGAGUGGACAGCCUUACACCCUCCACACCAACGUGUUUGGCGAAGGGAAAGGGAGCAGGGAGCAGCAAUUCCGCCUCUGGUUCGACCCAACCAAGAACUACCAUACCUAUUCCAUUGUUUGGAACUCAAGACUCAUCAUGUUCUUGGUGGAUGAAAUUCCUAUAAGGGUAUUUGUAAACCAUGAGAAACAUGGUGUUCCAUUCCUAAAGAAGCAACCAAUGAAGCUCUACUCGAGUUUGUGGGAAGCCGAUGAUUGGGCCACCCAAGGCGGAUUAGUGAAGACGGACUGGUCCAAAGCCCCCUUCACUGCCUACUACCGUAACUACAAUAUUGAUACUGAACGUAAUGGCCAUUGGUGGAACCAUGAUCUUGAUGCAACUGGUAGGAGGAGAUUGAGAUGGGUACAAAGGUACUAUAUGAUUUAUAAUUAUUGUAAAGAUGCCAACCGAUUUCCACAAGGUUAUCCUACAGAGUGCAAGCACUAUAGGUUCUAGGAAAACCCAAAAUCGUUCCUCCAGUGUCAUCAUUCUAUUCAUUCUAUUGUUAUCUGA